AUGUAUGUUUAUAUCAACCUAAUCAACAUCUACCACUCAGUGCAAAGACUGCCACAGCUUACUGAAGCAUACAGAGGAGUGACCAACCGGAUGGGUCUGGAUCCCAGAGCCAAGAGAACACAAAGACUGUCUGUGGUCAGUCACACCAACACACUGCUCGCUGCAAUCCGCUGGAUUAUCUGCCGCUGGAUUAUUGCUGCCUAUAGCGAAGUUAAGUGUUUGAAUGAACAUCGUUACAGAGAGAAACUACCAGGAAGAAUGAAUCGCUGCUGUGUAAACUGCUCCAAAACUCUGCUGAUACAUCUCAACUUCCUGUGCUGGCUGUGUGGGGCGUUUGUGGUGGCGUUUGGGGAGUUCCAGAUGAUUCACUCCCAGUUUGCCUCCCUGGUCCCCAGCUUCUGGCCCGUGUACCCGGCCAACACGCUGGUGGUCAGCGGGACCAUUGUCACGUGUGUGUGUUACCUCGGAGUGUUAGGAGGCAUGAAGGAGAACCGCUGCAUGCUCAUCACUUUCUUCGUCCUGCUCUUCAUCCUGAUGCUGGUGGAGCUGGCUAUGGCCUGUGUGUUCCUGGUCUACAGCACCGAGAUUGACACAUACUUUGAGAAAGACCUGAUGAAAAGCUUGGAGAUCUACAGACAGUCCAGUCCAGAAAGCAACACAACCAUUAAAGAUGACUUUGAUGCUGUCCAGGACCUGUUCAGGUGCUGUGGAGUUCAUGGUGUGGCGGACUGGAAGGGCGAUGUCCCAGUGUCCUGUUGCAGCAGCAGCCCCUGCAGCAUGCUGCUCCACCCCCCCUGGCCAGAGGGUUGUCUCGUGAAACUGAGGAACUGGUUUGCCAGAAACUACCUGAACACAGGUGCUGGCGUUGUCACCAUGUUUAUCAUACAGGAAUUGGGCAUCCUCAACUGCCAGAGGAAGAUGAUCUGCAGUACCGCCUUCAGCCACAGCAAUAGUCAAUGA